GGCGGCCAUUGCUUUGUGAUCCGGCUGCACAUAAACAGAAGAGGGCAAGCUCAGCGCAGACAAAGGCUAGCUGUUGUAUUGCGGUGAACUGCGUUGAAUAUUACAAAAUUGUGCGGUUUAACAGUGAUAUUCCACGGAAAUAUACAUUUUGGAUUGUUGAGUGACGUACAUGUGCAGACAACUCAGCGACAUGAGAGGACCAGUAGAAACACAGGCAAGAGAGGAAGCUCCAGAGCAGGAACAACCCGGGUUUGAAGAGUUCCUAUGGAUGGAAAAUGAGGAGGACUAUGAUAGACAGGUUCUGCAGGAGUUGUGGGAGGAAGACUUCUUGGAGCAGUGUUUCCAGGAGAUGAUGCACGAAGAGGAGGCCAGAAUCUGUCCUGGCUGGCAGGACGAGCAGCAGCCACCGCAGCAGCAGCAACAGGCACCUGUCCCUCAGUACCGGUACCCAGGUGGUAGUGUGUCCCAGCCCUGUGUGGCGGUGAAUGGUGUCCACCCCCCUGUGAACGGAGUCUGCUUACAGAUGGAGCAGCUGCAGCUGGCAGAGGCACAGCAGCCCAAACCAGAGGUCGCAACGAGCACCCUGAACCCAAACGCACCAGAGUUUGUUCCCAAGAUGCGUAGCUAGACGCCGAGAGCGACACAAAAACCUUUCCACUUUGUUACAUGUGCAGAUCAUUGCCUUUCACUUAAACCACCAACCCUUGCACUCCUGUCUUUUGAAGUGGACUGUCCUGAAAUAAUUUCACAGGGUAUUGUUCAUGUUGUUGUCAUUUUGUUCAUCAUCCAAAAUAACAUACAGUAAC